UGAGUCAUUGCGCCUCUGGUUCAAACCAAACAUCUCUGUAGAGCCUCCAGUGCUGUGUAGUACACUUACUGUGACAUUAUUUGACCAUGGAGGGUUCUGUUUCAGAUGUGGAGGUCUGUAACUUUGCCUACACGGGGCAGUUUGAGAAGUUAAGACAGUGUAUUCUGUCAGAUAAAACGCUCGCCUGUAAAACGGACCAGGUCCAGAGAACUGCUCUGCACUGGGCCUGCUCUGCCGGACACACCAACAUUGUGGAGUUUCUGCUCGACCUGGGAGUUGAAGUGAACCUGCAAGAUGAUGCUCGUUGGACUCCUUUGCACAUCGCAGCAUCAGCAGGCAGAGAAGACAUAGUGAGAGCUCUGAUAUCCAAAGGAGCUCAGCUGAAUUCAGUCAAUCACAAUGGAUGCACCCCUCUGCACUACGCCGCAUCCAAGGACAGAUAUGAGAUCGCCUUGCUGCUGCUGGAGAACGGGGCAGACCCCAACGCUACGGACAAGUUGGAGUCUACUCCUCUUCACAGAGCGUCUGCCAAAGGCAACUACCGCCUCAUCCAGCUGCUUCUCAAACAGAGCGCCUCAACCAACAUCCAGGACUCACAGGGCAACACACCGCUUCACCUGGCAUGUGAUGAGGAGCGAGUGGAAGCAGCCAAGUUGCUCGUGGAACAUGGAGCCAGCAUUUACAUCGAGAACAAGGAGGAGAAGACCCCCCUCCAGAUAGCCAAGGGUGGUCUGGGCAACAUACUUCGCCGGAUCGUGGAGGGGUGAUGGUUCCCCUCACCUACAGGGGGAGUUCCAGAUCAAACCCCCACAGUCACCAAGUUACAUUAUGAGGAUUCUCAUCCUAGUCAGUCGUCCUCAAGCGGUCUGGUGCGACACAUUCAAACGUGUAACAGGUCCAAGAUGAGACAGUGUGUAGAGGAAAAGUUGGACUGUACUGCUUCCUUAUCAGCUCCUCCGAUGUGGCUUUGAAACUGCGCAGACCAAAUAUGUGUGCUUUAAAACACUCUCCUGCACUAAGCGCAGUCUGUCCAGUGCCACAGCCAAUUUUCUAUGAAGUUUGAAUUGUAAAAAUGACUAAAUAAAAAUCAGUCUUCAGCCAGUUAA